CGGAGAGUGCAGACGAACCAAACGUAAACAGCAACGUGUUACUUAAACUGAUAGUUGUAACUGGGUAUGACUUUUUAUCAGAAUGCCAGGCCUUUCAAAAUCUGAUCGCUUCCUUUUAUUGUACGGAACCCAGACUGGUCAAGCUGAGGCUAUUGCCAAAGAAAUAGCUGAGAAAGGGGAGGCACAAGGCCUUAAGAUUGAACUUCAUGAUCUAGGGAAAACGGAGAAAAAGUUCAACAUAGAGAGGGAGACCUGUGUAGUGAUAGUCACUUCAACAACUGGUGAUGGAGAUCCUCCUGAUAUGGCCCUCAAAUUUUUUCGAAGAUUGAAGAAAAAGACAUUGCCAGACGAUUACCUUGCCAACCUAAACUAUGCAUUGCUAGGUCUUGGAGAUUCCAAUUACACAAAUUUCUGUAAUGCUGGAAAAACUUUGGACAGUCGACUUGAAGAGCUUGGAGCCAAGAGGUUGUACCCUUCAGGCUGGGGUGAUGAUGCAGUGGGGCUAGAAGUAGCAGUAGAGCCCUGGAUGGAUGGGCUUAUUCCAGCUCUGUGUAAACACCUUGGAUAUCCCUAUAAGGAAAUUGAGGUCGAUAUAUGUACUGUUAAGGCCUCAGGUGAUGAAAAGACCUCUCAUAAAGCUGAAAGUAACAUUUCUAAAGAAAUGGAAAAUCCUGAGUAUGUGAAAAAUGGACUUAAGUCAGAAGCAAAUGGAGAUACACAGUAUGUGAACAAUGGGCAGAAGACAGAAGCAAAUAGCGAUUCACUUCCGAAAGAAAUCAGUAAUACCCAAACAAUUGAUGGAGCCUGUGGUGGUCAGUCUAACGAUGAAAUCCAGGACAGUGGUGACUCACAACUCAAAGAGGCAUCUUUACUGGCUUCAGUGUUGCCAUUGUGCGGGGAAACACUAACAGUACCUUUACUUUCUCAGGCAUAUCUCAGAUUGGAAUACCUGGACUCGGAGAUGAAGGAUAACAAAAUUAGUCAGACAGUAAUACAGAAUGGAGUCCCCUUUCCUUCUGCUGCAUCAUCAGUAACUAUGGCAACAGUUUUAUCUAGCACAGUGAUGACACAUCCAGAAGCUUUAAAAAAAACAAUCAGUCUACGACUUGGCAUUGAGGGAUCUGCCUUUGACUACCAACCAGGCGACAGUAUCUCUGUUCUAUGUUCUAACAGUGACGAGGAGGUCACAAGGAUCAUUCAAAGACUUGAUGUGAUUGAUAAGGCAGACAGGUUGUGUCAGUUCUCUAUCAUUCCUAACACUAAGAAAAAGAACCCAACAAUUCCUCAAUAUUACCCCUCGGACGUCUCCUUACGCCAUCUUCUUGCCACUUGUGUUGACCUCAGAGAACCCCCAAAGAAGGCUGUUAUCCGUAUUCUGGCAGAGUACACGUCAAAAGAGCAUGAGCGUCGACGUCUCCAGGAGCUGUGUAGUAAACAAGGUAGUGGGGACUACACACACUUUGUACGUGAGGCUGGUGUGAGUGUCCUGGAUCUCCUAAUGACUUUCACCUCAUGUACUCCACCUGUAGAAAGACUUCUGGAACAUUUGCCAAGAUUGCAGCCAAGGCCCUACUCUAUUUGCAGCUCUCCUGUAGCUGACCCUGGUGUAUUGGAGGUGACCUUCAAUGUUGUGGAAAUCUCUAGUGGAAGUGGUCGUGUGUUUGACCGAAUUGGUGUGUGUACAGGAAUGCUUGAACGACUGACCAGACCUAUACAGAAGUCCUAUGGUGACCAUUGUGUAUCAUCACCAGAGGAGGACAUUUCUGAUCAAGUUGCCAGUUUACAGUUAUCACCGAUGAAGCUUCCUAUAUUUGCACGGACAAGUCAACACUUCCACAUGCCUGAUGACCUGACAGUGCCGCUGAUCUUAGUAGGACCUGGGACGGGUGUGGCUCCGUUCAUUGGCUUCUUGCGCCACAGGGAGGCCCUCCAUGCCAAGAUGGCUGAUCCUGCUUUGUACGGAGAUACCUGGCUCUUCUUUGGCUGUCGUCAUAGAGACAAAGAUUUCUUGUACAGAAGAGAGUUGGCUAGAUUUGAGGAGACUGGAAUCUUGUCAAGGAUGUGUGUGUGUUUUUCACGUGAUGAACAAGACUCUGAUAAACCGCGGUAUGUCCAGGACAAUAUCUGUAGACAUGCUGCAGAGUUAGUUCCCCUGAUCGACAAAGGGGCCAAAAUAUUUGUGUGUGGGGAUGCUAAACACAUGGCAAAGGAUGUAAAUGAGGCUGUGAUAAAGUCAAUACAGGAGGUUAAAGGUUUUGAUAAUGAAGAGGCAAAGAAGCAAGUGAUGAGGUUACGGUUGUACAAAUUCUACCUGGAGGAUGUGUGGACUUGAAAGCAAUAGUUUUGAUAAUACUGGUCCUUGAUGAAAACAGCUGUGAUGAAAUAAGUGAAUUUGAUGGUGUCUCAUAAAGCCAUCAACUUCGUUCCACAUUGUAUACUGUAGAUGUGGAAACUUACAUACAGAAUAGUUGACUCCACAUUGUUCUGAUUUUCUCAGUGUGCACAUAAAGGUUCCACAACAAGGAACUGUAUUCUUUUUAUAAAGCUUUUCUCACUCCAGUGAAAGAAACUGAAAUAAGAAAGAUUUUUUUUUUAAUUUGAAAAUAAAGUUGCGAAAAUUAGAUUUACAUGAUAAAUAAUAGCUUUGAAUUGUGGAUCUUAAUUUUAUCAGAAUUUUAAUGACAUUGUCGAUUGAAUGUCAAUGUUGUUUUAUUAACAAUGAUUCAGGCAGUGUUAACAUUUAUUUUUAUAUAUAUAAGUUUGCCAAUUCUUGUGCAAAAACCAUUCAGCAAUGUUUACAGCUCAAUAACCAAUUUUUAUGCAUUUUACCUGAAUUGUCUGAAAGUUAAUUACUAGAGAUUGGUAUCUAUGUGUCUAAAAUCUUUUCUGAAAAUUAACAUCCAGUGAGACAUACUAAGUAGGGUGCAGCAUCAUAAUGGAUGUUAAAGUGUAAAUAUUACUGGGAGCUUACAUUAUUUCACACUCAAGACAUUUUUGUCACAUCCAAUCAAUCAAUGUACCAGUGUAUUGGCCAACCGGUCCAUAGACAUAAUUUUGUUCUCAAAAUGCAUCCAAUUCACUUUAGGCAUAACCACAAAUCACUGUAGUACAGCUGUACCGGUAUGUGCAUCAAUCAUACUGAUCCUGUGAUUUCUAACAGAUUUAUUCUUCUUGUACUUUGCCUUGUUAAAUCAUGAAGCAGAUUGUAAUACGGUUAUUAGGUACUGAACAAGCAACUAUAGUGAAUUACUCGGAAUAUUAUAGUUUUUUUCUCUUAUUAAAAUACCAUUUGGCUACAUUACAACAACAUGGGUACAGAAGUAUCAGAUUGGUAAAUUAUUAGGGGUUAGUUUUAUUCUAGUCUUAUUCUUUUGUGCAGAUAAAACUUUUAGUAAAUGGAUGUGGACAUGUUUGUUACAGAACACGUCAACACAAAGGAAUUUAUUAAAAGUUCUUACGAAACUA